AUGAGUAUCGCUUCUGAAACAAAAACAUUCAUUCAGAACUAUAUUAAAACUACAGUUAACGGUUUAUCUUUAAACUCAUUUUACUACGAUGAGGCUACUAUUAUCAGAUUAGAUUCUAGAGGUGAAUCAGUUGGAAUCUAUAAGGAAAAGAAAGAGAUUGUUACAAUUCCUAACACAUCAAGAAUUAGCCUUAUGAGUGCACAUGAGUCACCAAGUGGCGAUCAGUCAAUCCUUGUUCUCAAGGGUAAAAUGGUUAUUGGGGAAAUUUCAUACCUUUACGUCCAGAACUUAGAGAUCAAGAAAGAGAAUGGAAGAUUCAAAAUAUUAAAGGAUAGUUUAGUUACAUUAGAAGCUACUGAAUUUGGUAGCAAUAAUUUCAUCAUUGACCAGACAAAGAGAGAAAAUAGACCAAGAAGAGAGGAACAGCCAAAGAAGGAAGAGGCCCCAAAGGCUGAGGAGAAACCAAAGAAGGAAGAAAAGCCAAAGAGGGAAGAAAAACCAAAGAAAGAGGAUAAGCCAAAGAAGGAAGAGAAACCAAAGAAGGAAGAGAAACCAAAGAAGGAAGAAAAGCCAAAGAGAGAGGAUAAGCCAAAGAAGGAUGAAAAGCCUGCAAAGAAGCCAGAUUUUAGUGAAUGGCAUCCAGACAAAAAUUAA